CUAAUAACGUUUGAAGUUUGGAAAAUUAUUUUCAUUGCCUUUACGGACAAAGAUUUGUUCUUGUUGUUUUGAAAAUUAUUUUCUUUGCCUUUGUUGUUUAUGUUUUAGGAGUUGUUUUGAUCUCAUGGCGUUUGCUACUAUUCCCCGUCAGACAUACAUUCCUCUGCCUUCUGACUCGGGUGGCAAGCACCCAUAUCAUGAAUUUCUAUCACUGGUUCCAAUUCAUAUAGUCACCCAUGCAUCUCAACUUCCAACUGACUUUCUCUAUCCCUCUCCGGAAAGACAGUUGGUUAUUGGAUUUGAUUGUGAGGGUGUUGACCUCAGUCGAUAUGGAACUCUUUGCAUUAUGCAGCUUGCUUUUCCAGAUGGUAUCUAUUUGAUUGAUGCUAUUCAGGGUGGGAAAAAGCUAAUGAAAGCCUGUAAGCCUGCUCUCGAGUCUAGUUACAUCACAAAAGUUAUUCACGACUGCAAACGGGACAGUGAGGCAUUGUAUUUUCAGUAUGGUAUCAAGUUGCACAAUGUUGUGGAUAGCCAGAUAGCAUAUAAUCUGAUAGAGGAACAAGAAGGACAGAAAAGAUCACCGGAUGACUAUAUUUCUUUUGUUAGCCUCCUUGCAGAUUCACGAUAUUGCGGUAUAUCAUUUGUCGAGAAGAAAGUAGUCCGAGCUCUUCUAAGUGAGGAUCCAAAAUUUUGGAAUUACAGACCUUUGUCUGGACGCAUGGUCCAUGCAGCCGCAGAUGAUGUCCGUUUUCUUCUUUACAUUUACCACAAUAUGCUGGAUAAGUUGAAUGAACAAUCUUUAUGGAAACUUGCUGUUCGUGGUGCACUUUGUUGUAGAUGUUUUUGCAUCAAUGAUGAUGAUGAGUAUGUUGAUUGGCCAUCUAUUCCUUCUAUUCCAGACAACCUCAUUGUAGAAGGCAAUGCUCCAGAAGAGGAGAUCUUGUCAGUGCUCAACGUUCCUCCUGGAAAAAUGGGUUGCAUCAUUGGUAGAAAAGGAUCUUCAAUUUUGUCAAUCAAGGAAUCUUGCAAAGCUGAAAUUCUAAUUGGGGGAGCAAAAGGACCACCAGAUAAGGUAUUCAUCAUAGGACCUGUGAAGCAGGUGAGGAAAGCAGAAGCCAUUUUAAGAGGAAGGGUGUUAAGAAAUACAUUCUGAGCCUUCUGUUGAACAAUGGCGAGUCUUGGUGAUGGAUAUCAGAGCAUGAAUUCAGGUUACAUUUUGCUUUUGAUCUCCAAAACAAACUUGAGAACCCCUAUUUAACUAUCUCCAUGUGUUAAGAAAGAAAAGAAAAGACAAAGAAAUAGGAAAAAAACUGAAAAUUGUUAAACCCCUAUUUACCUAUCUUCAUGUGUUAAACCCCUAUUUAGUAAUUGGAACUCCUCUGUCUAGCAAAUUGUUUGGUUGGCAUUGGGACUAAACUUAAACCAUUAGCAAUAGGAACUUUUUUUCAGGAUUGUCUUCUGGGCCUAAGCAAAUGUAUGCAUUGGUCUUUCCAAUGGAUUGAUAAAGUUGGUAUGGACUUUCUACACAUACUGACUAGAAAGUAGCCUCAG